CGGAGUCGUCGCAUCGUUGAAGUGUCGAUAGAAAGGAUGACCCAAGGGCUCUUUGGACCGAAUAUUAUGAUUCCAACGAUUGCUUGCAUCCAAAUUAAACAUUUAUGAAUUCACUCCGUACCACCUCAAUAAAACAAAAUAUGAACCUGACCCAAGAAUCCGCCCUGGCCGUCAUCUUCGGUGUUCCGUCACUUUUCAUUGCAGUUCUCACCUUCUGGGUGACUUAUCAAAUGUGGGUGGACUCUCGAUCAAAUGCCUUUGAUCUAGAAAAGUCGUCGAUUGUCAGCGAAUCUCUUGCCUUCGAAGACGACCGACCAGCGAUGUCAGAUCGUGUCCUGAGCAACGGCUCUUCGAUAGAUCUUCAGAUUCCUCCUCGUGUCUACACGAACAAUAGUGGUCACGGUCCGGACCAAUGGGUCAUUACACAAAGGGAAGAAGGCCAAGAAGAAAAAGGCACCACGGCCGAUGGGAAGACUGGCAUGAGCUAUUGAUAGAGGGGCUGUCGAUGAAAAUGAACCAUGACCAAUUCAUUUCUUAUUAGUCGAGCAUGGAGAUAUAUAUAGGCAGGGGUCAGUAGCCAACGAGGGAGGAACGAGAUGUACACCAAACGAG